AUGUGCCCAUUGUUUAUUCACUUCUUACAUAACUUGGAACCAUAUUUAACUAACAGUUGUGUUGUACUUUUCUUGUUUGUCCCAUUAUAUGUGCCACUCCAUAACUUCCAUUUGGUGAUUUAGUUGAACCCAAUAAUUCAGCUUUGAACCCCUUGAAUGUCUUUAGCUGUUGAAGUUGUUGCAAGUUCUACUUCCAACAACAUGGGCUAUGAUGAUGAAAACAAUGAGGGUCCAAAAGAUAUUGAGCAUGGCAGCUCAGGCCUUGCCAAGGAGAAGAUGAGUAUAAAGAGCAAUGAGAAUCCUGUGUAUGCUACUGAUCACGACGAAGACGAUGCAGAGGAAAUUUUGCAGCUAGGUCCUCAACAGACUCUCAAAGAACAGUAUGAGAAGGAUAAGGAUGAUGAGAGCUUGAGGAGAUGGAAAGAACAACUUCUUGGAAGUUUGGAUAUAAAUUCUGUUGCAGAAACUCUGGACCCUGAAGUUAAAAUUCUGAGCCUGGCUAUUAAAUCCCCUGGCAGAUCUGAUAUCUUGCUUCCUAUCCCGGAGUCUGGAAAUCCGAAGGGAUUGUGGUUUACUUUAAAAGAAGGAAGCCGUUACAGCCUGAAGUUCACUUUUCAGGUUGGGAAUAACAUUGUAUCAGGCCUAAAGUACCGCAACACAGUUUGGAAAACUGGUUUAAAGGUGGACAACACAAAGGAAAUGAUCGGAACAUUCAGUCCUCAGCAAGAACCUUAUACACAUGAAAUGCCCGAAGAAACAACCCCUUCAGGCAUGUUUGCAAGAGGUUCAUACUCAGCUCGAUCAAAGUUUCUUGAUGAUGACAACAAAUGUUACUUGGUGAUCAACUAUACAUUUGAUAUUCGGAAGGACUGGCAAUCAACUUAAGCUUACGGUUUAUCACUUUGAACUAUAUUAAAUUUUUCUUGACAUUUCUGCUUGAUGUGUAUUAGAGAUUGAUUACUAUACAGUUCCAUAAUUUGAGAGUGCUGCACCAGAGUAAUAUUCCCGGUUGUGGUUUAGCUGUGACUCGUGUACAAAACUGCAGCAUCCACUGCCUUGGCCACUAUGUAUCAUUUACAAUAAUUUGUUCAUUCAAUUAAAUUUGGUCUGCUGAAACUAA